GGUUUGGUUUUUGCGCUUUCGAUACGUGACAUCAUCUGCCGAGUUGUUUUUGGUGAAAGCACCGUCUUCUAAUUGCCGCUCACCUGCUCUUAUUCACUGAUGGCGUGAACGGUAGUCAAAAGAUCGGAAGAGCUCCAAUGAACCGCCGUCGAGAGAGUUCGACGCGCGCGGGGAGGAAAAUGAAUGCCGCAGGGGCACGGUGUUUGCCACAGUGCCCGUUGCUGUUGAGUCUUCGCGUUUCGUGCAGUCCAGUUGGGUCCCCAACGCUACCCGUUUUUGUUUAUUCCAGCCGGGCAUCGUAGAGUGCUCUAUGCUGGUGAGUUCAACCUCGUUUUCCAAGAAAGGGGAAGAGAAAUAUGGGAGCGGAAUCGUUUUUUGCCGAUAAGAUCAUGCCUCAGCUGUUACUGUUAAAACGACAAUAGAGAGAAUCUACCUCUUCUUGUUGACAUCGAUCAUUGAACUCAAAAAGAAGAAAAAAUUAAUUUGUACUGCUAUCGCUCUUCCUUAUUCUUCUCCUGCUGCUUACAAGUAUUUUGAAACCCCUUACAAGGCUAAGUAACAGAAGACCAGGAGAUGUUUUCUGCUCUCGCACCUCAGCUUUUUUCUUCUUCUGCAUUGAUGUGCACCACAUGGAAUACGCUGUGAUCGCCGUUUACAGCUUUUACUAUGCAUCGUGCUCUUCUACUCCUCAAACAAACGCUGCACCCACCGAGGCGCACUGUUCCGCUAGCAGCAAACCCCCUCACACGGUGGUCACGACGAAUCCCGCAGUGGCGGAAACUCGCUGGGAUUCUCACUCCUGUCGCGGUUGGUCUGGAGGGCUGCCACAGCGCCUUCAACGCCACGAACUCCAUCCGCACCUGCCUCUACUUUCAAACAGCGUCCCCUCCAGCCUUUCUGACGGCGGACUCGUGGCGGUUGAUUGAGCAUGUGCAGACGCGAUGUGGCACUCGCGACGGCCUCCAUACGUCGUCCUUAUCUUCCUCUUCGUCAACGACGGAAUCUGCGAGAGACACGGUGGAGGACGAUCCCUUUGAAGGCAUUGCAAGCUUUGGCGAAGAUGUUUUUUUUGGCGAUCGCUCCGCAGCGACGGGGGGAGAGAACAAGCGGGGUGACCUUCCGCUGGUGGCGCUGGAGAACUUCACCGACCGGGCGCAGAGCCUCCUGCACACGCGUCUGCCCCCCGCGCUGCACGACGCGCCGCUUCGACUCGUGGUGGGGCACGAGAACUGGGGAGUGCGACGGAGCCUCUUACGUCCCCGGGAACGAAGUUCCGACGCAACGGAAAACGCCGACCCUUUGGUGGCGGAUGUGGUGGUGUAUGUGCCUCAAUACGGCACGAUUAGCUCGUUGAACGUUGUGACUUCCUUAGGCAUUCUGCUCUUCUACGCUUUCAUAGAUGUGCAUUGCCCCCACUCUCGUCCCAUCUACUCUGCCACGGCAGUUCGCCAUGACAGCACAUCGCACCACCUAUUGCCCAACGAUACCAACAGCAGCGAGGGAGAGCUAGAAGUGUUGCGAAGCCAAAUUCAGGCGUACCAGGACUUCUUCAAAAAAAGCCUUCCCACUCCGUCGUCAUCAACACAGAUACACAACUCCGCCGCAACGUCAGAUAGAUCUCCGCCGGACUCCGCGGACUUGCCUUCGCACGACGUCCACGUCAACACCACACCGCGCGUCGACAGGCGCCCAAUUCAUCCUGUCUUCUACCAACAAGACAUGAACGACAUUCAGCAACUGCAACAAAGUUACCGUCGAAUGCUGCUGCAGUUCAGUGGGAGCACAUCUCCUCCCGUCGAUGGCAGUACGGUGGCGGCAGUGGCACAGCAGACGUCGCCGUCUUUCUUCGGCCUCUCUGUCCUCUACGAAAACGAGUGCGAUCAGCGCAACUUCGGCGGGCUCCUCCGCAACGCCAACGCGUUUCUGGUCGACCACGUCUUCUACGUCGGACGGCGCAAGUACAACGUGGUGGGCGCCGUAGGGUCGUAUCACUACACCCCUCCACUGUACCUCGGCCCCUUACCGGAUGCGGCGUCGGAAAGGGGCAUUGCCGCUGCGCGGAGACCCACAAGCACAGCCGACAGCGACAACGUCUGCUGUAACGACGGUGAUGUGGCGGCAGCAGGGAAAGGCUGGUCCGCAUCUUUGAAAGCGAAGGUGGAUGCGAUGUUUCUUGCAAAAGACAGGGCUGCUCUUCCUCCUCGGGAGUGGUGGUUGCUGGACUGCGGGCACCGGUUUCUCUACGACGAGGCUCCGACAACAACGACGGACGACGCAAAAAGGCAGUCUUUUGGUACGGCGAACGACGCAGCAUCGGGUGCUGCAGCGACGAAACUUUGUGGGUCAUCUCCACAGUCUCUUCAACUUUACAACGCGUUGUUUCUACAAGGACGUGUUCACAGUCUGUGUGAAGCAGAGGCCGUACUGCGAGAUGCGCUUUGCGGUGGUGUGGUGCUGGUCGUUCCCCAGGAAGGUAAGCUGCCGCACGCGGAGUUGAUGCGCCUGUGCAACGGCGUCCUCACCGUACUUCCGACCGGCUCUCAUUACGCGGAGUUGACCGCGCUCACGGCGCACAACGUUGAGGAGCCGUUGAUCCACCCGGGUCAUCGCGGCCUGCCCUCUCAGGUGGCGAGCGGUAUUGCUCUGCAGCGGCUCUCUGCCGUGCUGCAUCCACGUCUCGCAGCCAUUUGA